AUAAUAAAAAAUAUUGCAGAGGAAUACAAAAAGACUAAAGCAGAAACCUGAAACAGCAAAGUUCUCAUUAAUCACUGGGAGAAGCUUGCCUUUUUUUAAGCUAUUGCUUCCCCCACAUCCUUUCACUAAAAAAAACUCCAAAAAACAAAACAAAACAAAAAAAAACCAACCAAACAUCCUGUUCUGCCGAUGUCACAAAAGUGCUAGCCUUAUUCACUCACAGCAUCACUGAAGCAAGCCUAGGUACAUACAGAGCAGCAUGUAACUGGAGUGCUCAUACACUAUAUUGUCCAAGAGGUAGCGAGUGAGAGAAUGUAUGUCUUUUUUCCUGCAUGUUCUUUAAAAACCUAGGCAACAGGCUACUUAGACAAGAUGUGUUCAUGUACGAAUUUAAGUAGAAGAGAAAGAAACAGUGUCACCAGCAUCCCUGGAGAAUAGAAUUGCAAGUGUCAAGCAACUAGAAUUUAGUCCAGAGAAUCUGAGAGAGAAAACUGGCAAGUACAGAUCAUGAAGGAGGAAAUCACCUACACAAAAGGACACAGAAAAUCUCAGUUUUCAGUUUUGCAAUCUCUCCAUCUGAAAAUCUUAUUCUAAGGAUUUAUAUCAGGAAGUGAAGAACACUAAUGUUUAAGAGCCACAUAGUUCUUCUCCGUGGUGAAGCUUCUGGGACAUCUCCUUAUUUUUCUGGAACUGCAACUAUAAUCUUCCUUUCUUGUGGGGAGACAGUUGUGAAAAAAUAUUGAGUGGCAUCACAAUGGGAGUAACAAUACAAAAUGUAACAGGAAGCACAGCAAUGGUAAUUUGGCCACCCAUGGCCAUUUGUGAUGACAGCUUUUACAGUAUUAUGUAUCAUCCCAACAGGAACAACAUGCUGUCAGGUUAUUCAAGAAAAAAUUUUCAGAAAGAAGAGCGAGUGCCUGCUAGUCGGUCUUCAUUUGUCAUAGAAAACCUAACUCCACUAACCACCUACAUAUUGUGUGUAACCUGCCAAUCUGCAAACCCCUCCAGUGACCAGUGCAGAAUUUUUCACACAUUAGAAGAAGAUCCAGCAUCUGCAAGCAACAAAAAAAAAGAUCUGGCCCUGGGUAUCUGGCUAACUAGCAGUAUUCUGCUUCUCAUCAUUGCCGGGAUCCUCCUUUACGGCUGCCUGCAUAUAUGGUACCGCAAGAGACGAGAACGUGUAGAAGGACAAAACAUGAACUCAGAACAGGACAAGGGGGAGGCUUGGACAAUAAACAAGUCACACACCCCAGAGCAGUUUAACAAGCAAGGCAGAUUAGUCCAAAGUGUUGAGGGUAAGAAUGCAGAAGGUAUCCAACUGGCUACCAUAAUAGAAAAUCCCUUAACUUCUAAGGAGCCUACCAUGCAAACUUCUAAAAGCCAGGAAUUAGUGCCGAUGACAAUUGGGCCAUUUUAAUUGGUAAACACCACUGCACAGAUUAACUGUGCACCAUGUGUGAAAUAUUUUAACCUACAGGGUUCUAUACCUUUUACAGUUUGCAUUUGAGGUGUUUAAUUAUUGCUGAUGCACUCUUAUCAGCAUUCUUAACCACAACUGCCCCUCCCACCAUCACACGCACAGCUGGGAGGGUCUCAAUAUUAAGGUUUAGAACUUAGUAUUCUCUUGAUUUGAUUAAGAAAAUAUUAUCAAGCAUAUAGCAUAGAAAUCAAAGGGUAUUCUUGAUUUUUGUUUUGGAGGCAGAGAAUAAGGUUUAUUCUAAAACGGUAAACCAAAAUAAAUAAAUGAAUGAAAAGGACAAAGGGAGAAUUAUUAUUAAAUAAUAAACCAAACUGAAAAUUGCAUACUGAGACCUGUAUUCUCAUGCUGCAGGCAGCUCGAAUGCCCUGUAUUAAAUGACUACAUCUAUAAUGGCCUGUCACGUUUUUUAUCCACAUUAUUCAGAAUCAGGUUGUACGUUGUACUUGACAGUUCCAUUCAAAACAAGUUCUAGUUGUAGGACACCAGUUAAAUUCAUUGAUAUUCGAAAAAAAGGAUUCCUAUUUCACCCAAUUUAAAUAUGCACUCAGGAAGGUGACACCAGCAAGAGGCACUCUAGUUACACCACCAUGAGAGGUUAAGGUAUUCAACGCUUAAAGCUGCAGUUUAAUGCUUAAAGCUGCAGCUAUAAGAGGGAAGUGCUCAUUGCACAGCAUUGAAAGGGGAGAUCAUGAGACCCAAAACCAUGACUCAUGAUUGCUCUUUCCCUAAACUGAAGGGGGAGAACAGAACACAAUGGCAGGUCUUUAUCCAGCCACCAAUUUCUGUUAAUGUACCAAGAGUAAAAGCAGCUAGACUAUGACUGAGUACAUGUAUUUUUGAGAUUAUGGAAAUUUACAUGCAACUACAGUUGUCCUGAAGAUCUUGUCAACACUAUCCUUGAACUGGAAAUGUGGGCACCCUGGAAGAAUAAUACGUCCAGUGUUUUCACACAUUCAUCACAUUCCACAGUUUUCAAUCUAUUAAGCACAUAUUUCUUCCUUUUAAAUUGAUAUAUUUUAGUGUUAUUAUAUAAUAUGGUGUGUGUGUGUGUGUGUGUGGCUGUACAAUAUACUGUGAUUUUAUGCAUUUAUUUUAAACUGAUAUUAAAAGAAUGUAUAUUGAAACUCAACAUUCACUUAGCCAGCUUGAUCUAUUCCAGCAGACAAAGAAGGGCAACUGUUAGCAUAGCCAUUGCCAUCAAUUUUAACGGCUUUCUGGAAGCCAAGGUGGUCUAUUACAGACAGGUCUGAUAAUGUAGCAGCCACUUAACACUUCACAGCAGGCUGUGUGGCUUUUCCAGCUACUCCACUCCUGAAGUGUUUCAACCAUUCUGUGACUGAUACUUCAGUUUUCUUAGUGCUAAGGUAGUCAUACAGAUGGAAAUCAUAGCUGGCACAAUCAGAAAACAAAUUUGCUCCAUUCGUUUUGCCGUUGGGAGAUAACACAACAUAAUUGUGUGCCAAAUGGAUGGUGACUCUCCUUUCAUAGGAAUAUGCUCAAAAUUAUAUUGCUGUACUCAGUUAACCUUUAUACCUGGUCUGUAAAUGUUAAAUAAUGUCACAUACAUUUUUUUUCAGUUGAUUGUGUUGUCCUUUUGUCUUUUAAAUAAACUGUGUCCGAUGUUGAAAAUUUACUGGCGUUUCAAAUGGAGAUAAUUACCCAAAGCAAACACUAGCAACUGAAAUAAAGUCUGCUCAGAAACUGAA